AUGCCCUCACCAUUGAAAGACACAUUAGUGUUUGAACCUAUAAAAGUGGGAGAUGUCACUUUGUCCAACAGAAUUGUCUUGUGUCCAACCACCAGAUUCAGAGCUGCCAAAUCCCCCAAUGAAGAUCUGCAUCACUUGCCUUCAGAUUUGAUAUUGGAUCACUAUGCCCAAAGAGGUCAAUACCCGGGAACUUUAUUGGUAACAGAGGCUACUUACGUGAGUCCGCAAGCUGGUGGGUAUGAUGGUGUACCAGGAAUUUACACUGCUGAACAAACGAAAGCUUGGAAAAAAGUUGUUGAUGGUGUUCAUGCUAAAAGGAGUUUUAUUUCUUUGCAAGCUUGGUUUUUGGGUAGAGUGGGCGAUCCAAGGGUGUUGAAAAAGGAAGGACAAAAGUAUGUGUCUGUAAGUCCCAUUUAUCCGGAUGACAGAGCUAAACAUUUGUCAGAAAAGGCUGGUUUACCAUUGACUGAAUUGUCUAUUGAAGAUCUCAAGCAAAUAAUUCAUCAGGAUUAUGCUGUGGCUGCAAAGAAUGCAAUGGAAGCCGGAUUUGACUUCUUUGAAUUGCAUGGAGCUCAUGGGUACCUCUUGGAUACUUUUUUGCACGAGAAUACAAAUCAAAGAACUGACCAAUAUGGAGGCUCAAUUGAAAACAGAGCUCGCUUCAUCUUGGAAUUAAUUGACCAUUUGAGCACGGUCAUCCCACCUUCAAAAUUGGCCAUUAGGUUAUCCCCUUGGGCUGAAAUUCAAGGUGUUGUUGAAGAAACUAGUCCAAUUCCUCAAUUUUCAUACUUGUUAGCCCAAUUACAAAAACGCUCAGAUAAUGGAAAGGCGCUUGGAUAUGUUUCAGUUGUUGAACCAAGAGUUCAAGGUGUGGUUACUGUUUCCCAAGAAAGCAUUAAAGGAACUAACGAUUUUGUUGAAAGUGUUUGGAAAGGUGUGACUCUAAGGGCAGGAAACUAUACUUAUGAUGCACCUGAGUUUAAUCAAAUUAAAAAGGAUGUAUCAAAUGGUAGAACCUUGGUUGGAUUUUCGAGAUACUUUACAUCAAACCCGGAUUUGGUUUACAAGUUAAAGAACGAUCCUUCUAAAUUGGUCAAAUAUGAUAGGAAAUUGUUUUAUCAACCUUUCAAUUGGGGGUACAACACAUAUGAUGGGCAAACUUAUGAUGAAGAGAUUGAAAGAAAGAGAUAUGCACAUCCAAUAAAGAGAAGUGAAGCCAAUUUAUAA